AGUUGCCGCCAAGACCUCAACGCGAACAGUCGACUGACUGCCUCUGACCGCGAUACCCCCCCGACAGAUUUAAGGUUUCUCGCACCACCCGCCCACGCACAGAUCCCGAGCAGAUAUGCAAAUACAUUGUAGGCGCGGUCGGACCCUCAGAUAAGAUAAGCCUGUGCUCUGGAGGCGAUAAGUGCGAACAGUCGAAUAGCCAGAGUCAGAAAAGUUCUUCUGUGAGGUGAGUGAACUCCACCCCCGGUUGAGAGUAAAAUGCAGGAGUCUGGCAGUUCGUCGGACAGGGGACAGGGUCCAUCGCUGUGCCUCGAGUGGAAACAGCUCAACUACUAUGUGCCCGCCCAGGAGCAGAGCAACUACAGCUUCUGGAACGAGUGCCGCAAGAAGCGGGAGCUAUGUAUCCUUCAAGACGCCAGCGGGCACAUGAAGACCGGCGACCUCAUUGCCAUCUUGGGCGGAUCCGGCGCGGGAAAGACCACGUUGCUGGCGGCGAUUUCGCAACGGCUGCGUGGUAACCUGACCGGCGAUGUGGUUUUGAACGGCAUGGCCAUGGAACGGAAUCAGAUGACGCGCAUCUCCAGCUUUCUGCCGCAGUUCGAGAUCAACGUGAAGACAUUUACGGCCUACGAGCAUCUAUACUUUAUGUCCCAUUUCAAGAUGCACCGCCGCACCACAAAGUCAGAGAAGCGUCAAAGGGUGGCGGACCUGCUUUUAGCAGUGGGCUUAAGAGAUUCGGCACAUACCCGUAUUCAGCAGUUGUCGGGCGGAGAAAGAAAGCGCCUGAGUUUGGCAGAGGAGCUGAUCACCGAUCCCAUAUUCCUGUUCUGCGAUGAACCCACCACGGGACUGGACAGUUUUAGUGCCUACUCGGUGAUAAAAACCUUGAGGCACUUGUGCACGAGGAGGCGCAUUGCGAAGCACUCCCUGAGCCAUUUUUACGGCGAGGAUUCGUUUGAGACACCGAGUGACCAGAGUAGUGCCAGCGGGAGUGGAAGUAAGUCCAUCGAAAUGGAGGUGGUGGGCGAAUCGCACGAGAGUCUGCUGCAGGCAAUGCGGGAACUUCCCACACUGGGAGUCCUGAGCAACAGUCCCAAUGGAACCCACAAGAAGGCGGUCAUCUGCUCCAUCCACCAGCCCACGUCGGACAUCUUCGAGCUCUUCACCCACAUCAUCCUGAUGGAUAGCGGCAGGAUAGUCUACCAGGGACGCACCGAACAAGCAGCCAAGUUCUUUACGGACUUGGGCUAUGAGCUUCCUCUGAAUUGCAAUCCCGCUGACUUUUACCUCAAAACCCUGGCGGAUAAGGACGGGAAGGAGAGUGCCGGGGCUGUACUCCGGGCUAAAUACGAACACGAGACGGAUGGACUCUAUAGCGGAAGCUGGUUACUGGCCCGCAAUUACAGCGGGGAUUAUUUGAAACAUGUGCAGAACUUCAAGAAAAUACGCUGGUUAUAUCAGGUAUACCUGUUGAUGGUGCGUUUCAUGACCGAAGAUGUGCGGAAUAUCAGGAGUGCCCUCAUAUCCUUUGGCUUUUUUAUGAUCACCGCUGUAACGCUAUCUCUUAUGUACUCCGGAAUUGGUGGACUUACCCAGCGAACAGUACAGGAUGUAGGAGGCUCCAUCUAUAUGCUGAGCAACGAGAUGAUCUUCACGUUCAGUUAUGGGGUGACCUACAUAUUCCCAGCCGCACUGCCUAUCAUCCGAAGGGAGGUUGGUGAGGGCACCUACAGCCUGUCAGCCUACUAUGUGGCCCUGGUGCUCUCCUUCGUGCCAGUGGCCUUCUUCAAAGGAUACGUCUUCCUGUCCGUGAUCUACGCAUCCAUCUAUUACACGCGUGGCUUCCUUCUGUAUUUGAGCAUGGGCUUCCUGAUGAGUCUGUCCGCGGUAGCAGCCGUCGGAUAUGGCGUCUUCCUCUCCAGCCUUUUUGAGUCGGAUAGGAUGGCCUCCGAAUGCGCAGCGCCUUUCGAUCUGAUCUUCCUGAUCUUCGGUGGAACCUACAUGAAUGUGGAUACAAUUCCUGGGUUGAAGUAUUUUUCCCUGUUUUUCUAUUCCAACGAGGCAUUGAUGUAUAAAUUCUGGAUUGACAUCGACAAUAUCGACUGCCCUGUCAACGAGGAUCAUCCGUGUAUCAAAACCGGCGUGGAGGUGCUGCAGCAGGGAUCUUAUCGCACGGCAGACUACACUUACUGGCUGGAUUGCUUCAGUCUGGUGGUGGUGGCCAUCGCAUUUCACUUAGUCUCCUUUGGAUUAGUAAGACGAUACAUACAUCGCAGCGGCUACUACUGA